AUGUUACUUCUAGGAUGGUUUUCUACUGGCAAUAUGAAUAAUGCCCGAAAUCAGCACAAAGCAUCAAUGUUAUCAAAUGGGGAAGUAUUAGUUACUGGUGGAUACUAUGGUAACAAUGUCGCUUUAAAUAGUUCUGAGCUGUUUGUUCCAUCGACAAGUACUUGGACAACUACUGGUAAUAUGGCUUAUGUACGAUGGAUUCACGCCGCCUCUGUAUUGUUAAAUGGGAAAGUAUUAGUUACUGGUGGAUGGACCGGCUCUAGUGCUCUAGAUAAUGCUGAAUUAUAUGACUCAUCAACAGGCACUUGGACGACUACUGGUAGCAUGACUGAUGCCCGGUAUAUUCACACAGCAUCUACAUUAUCGAAUGGUCUUGUGUUAGUUACUGGUGGACUGGACAAUAAUGGGGUUGCUUUAAAUAGUGCUGAACUGUAUGAUCCAUUAACAGGCACUUGGACAACUACUGGUAACACGGCUGAUAUACGAUAUUGGCACACAGCAUCUGUAUUAUCAAAUGGGAAAGUAUUAGUUACUGGUGGUGGAGUCUCUAGUGGUUUAAAUAGUGCUGAGCUGUAUGAUCCAUCAACAGGUGCUUGGACAACUACUGGUAAUAUGAAUGAUAUACGAAGUGCUCACACAGCAUCUGUAUUAACAAAUGGCCUAGUGUUAGUUACUGGUGGAUUAGACAAUAAUAGUGUUGCUCUAUAUAGUGCUGAGGUAUUUGAUUCAUCAACAGGUACGUGGACAGCUACUGGCAACAUGAUUGAUGCACGAUGUCUUCAUACAGCAUCUAUAUUAUCAAAUGGAAAAAUAUUAGUUACUGGUGGAUUAGGCAAUGGUUAUUUAAAUAGUGCUGAGUUGUAUGAUCCAUCAACGGGUACUUGGACAACUACUAAUAACAUGAAUAAUGUACGAGCUUAUCACACAGCAUCUGUAUUAUCAAAUGGAUUAGUAUUAAUUGCUGGUGGAGGAAAUAAUAACGGUGCUUUAAGAGAGCGUCCAUGA